AUGGCUGCUUUGCUGCCUCAACCAAUUCAUACAGCCACUUCGUCGCCUUGGCCUUCACGAACCUCAUCACUAUCCAUGUCGCCACGGAUGGAGACAUGCCGUGCUUCAGUCACAGAGAUUAACUCACCGGAAUGGCUUCCCCAGGCUCUGUCGGAGACUCUGCACGUUCUGCCUUACACUUCCACAGAGUGGGCGAAGGUGAUUUCGGAUGUCAAGAGAGAAUAUCUUAACCGUCGUUAUCGUCCCUGUGCGACCCGCUGCAGUGAAAUCCUGGACAAUCUCAAAGAUUUCAGCAUUGUUGAGCCAGCAUAUCUGAUUUAUCUUCACUUUUACGCAGCCAACUCACAAGAGAUGCUUGCUCGUGCACUUCAUCAAGCCGCCCCAGCACGAACCACACUCCCUCACCAGGCUCGGGACCAUUAUCAGCGUGCCUCAACACUCAUCAAUGCUGCAGACUCAACCGUUGGUCCAGCUCUACUGAGAAGACCGUCUGGCACUACUACAACAUUGCCAAGCCUCCACUCUGCCGAUAGCUCUGUGAGCUCCUAUGUAUCGUCAACAUGGACCUCUUCUCACAGUGUAUCUCCGGCAUCAUCUAUCUCAUCGAUACAAAGCGUGCCCACUUCUAAGCGUAAGAAGAAGCGAGUGACUUUCAGCGAUGUGCCCGUGGAGCUUCUCGAACGUCCGGACUCACCAACGCUUGGCCUAGGCAGCUUUUUAGGACCUGCUCGUUCAACAUCCCCAGAAAGUUAUGGGGGAGAUUCAUUUCCUGUACCAGCACCUCUGCGGUCAUUGACUCAAGCGCCUCGGUCAAUCCUCACUCCACGUUCAGCACAAAAUGAGGUCUCCCCUUCUACAGACGCAGAGCUUGACCCCUUCCGCCAUGCUCGCUCUGUCCACCGCUACAGUGCCCUCUUAACAAGCCUGCAGCGCCAAGUCUUUCGACACAUCAACUUCAUCGAGUCAGAGCUCGGCCAACAGCACACUACCCCCCCGUAUGAAGACAUACCUCCGUUGCCUGUCACCGUGAAGACGGUCGCCUCUGCGUCCACUACGCCGAAAGCCGACAAGACGCGCUCACCGGAGCUACAGGCACGGAUAGAGCGACUCCGUGCUCAAGGCUGGGAACGCAAGCGAUUCGAUGCGCGUCGGUAUGCCGAACUUCGCGAGAGUGCUUCGGCAGAUAUGAACAACUAA